CGUCGCUCAAUUGACAUCAUCAUCUGGCGAAUUCGGUAAAAAAAAAAGUACUGACUUAUAAAAUAUGUGAAAGUGCGAGAAAAGAAAUAACACCGCAGGAACACAGAAAUUCGCCGCAGACAGAAAGUAACUGAGCGAGGGGGGAAAACGGAGAAAUACAUUUUCUGGAGCAGAUGUACAUUAUGGAGGAGAGAUGUCCAGCUGUCCAGGAGCCUCUGAAAGUUGAAUAUAAAAGUGAAAAUGAGUGUUUACACGAGGUGAGUGAUGACAAAGAUGGGGAGAACUGCACAGUACACAGGGGCCUCAUUGUCAUGAAUACCACGGAGAAAAGAAGUGUGGCUAUUAAAGAAGAGGAUUGUGAAUGGGAAUCAGUGUACCGUCAGCAGGAGAGUCCCGUCAUUAAAAUGGAUGAUUGUGGAUGGUGGUCUAAAAGCAUCAAAGAAGACUCUGAAGAAACAACUAAUAGUGCUGACACAGAGAAAUCUAAAGCUCUUAACGGCAUCAAGGAAGAAGAAGACAUGAAAUCAGAGUCCAUCACUCAGCAUGUUUGUACAGAUGAAGAGGUGACUGGAGAGGAGUUCACGCCAAGACCGCACUCCCUACAUAAUCUUAAUCAUAAUGUUGAGUCUGACGCUUUCAAGCCUGACAUGACGAGAUCUCAAAAAGCAUCAUGGUCAAGUUUUUCUGUGGAAGAUUUCCAGCAGACUGACUGUGUCAUUCCACCAUCAUUUAUUGAGAGUUCCCUUCAGUGCAAGCCACAUCAGGUACUGGAUAAUGAAAAUAUAAAGAUACUGAAAUCUGGAUCAGAUAUUUUAACACAAAAUGCUUUACAGGAUAGUUCUCCCCAUAUUGUAAAAUUAACAAGGACUGCCACAAUGAACAUUCAACAACAGCUACAAAGUUCAGACGCAGAAGCUGUGGAAGUCUGUGAAGACUUGAGAAAAACUAUUGCAUGCAAAUCAAAUUACAAAGAUACAAAGAACUGUAUAAAACCGAAAACAAACUUCUGUUCUGAAUGUGGUAAACAGUUCUCACGCAGCAACAAUCUUCAGAUACAUAAAAGAAUUCACACUGGAGAGAAGCCUUAUGGCUGUUCUGAAUGUGGCAGCCGUUUCACCACUAAUACAGAUCUUCAGAAUCACUCAAGAAUUCACACGGGAGAGAAGCCAUAUUGCUGUUCUGAAUGUGGGAAAAGAUUCUCCUUCAGUAGUGGUCUUAAGGCACACAAAAGAAUUCACACGGGAGAGAAGCCGUAUUGCUGUUCGGAGUGUGGUAAGCAAUUCUCACAAAUAGGCCAUCUUCAGGCCCACACAAGAGUUCAUACUGGGCAGAAGCCUUAUCGGUGUUGUGAGUGUGGUAAAGAAUUCUCUACCAGUAGCAUUCUUCAGAGACACAAAAGAAUUCACACUGGAGAGAAGCCGUAUGGCUGUUCUGAAUGUGGCAGUCGAUUCACCACUAGUACUGAUCGUCAGAAUCACUUAAGAGUUCACACUGGCGAGAAGCCGUAUUGCUGUUCUGAAUGUGGCAAACAAUUCUCUGAGAAACGCAGUCUUCGGUUACACACAAGAAUUCAUACCGGAGAGAAGCCAUAUGGCUGCCUUGAAUGUGGCAAACAAUUCUUCUGCAGCAGCCAGCUUCAAAGGCACACAAAAGUUCACAAUGGAGAGAAACCUUAUCACUGCCUUGAAUGUGGCAAACAAUUCUCCACCUGUAGCCAUCUUCAGAGGCACAAAAGAAUUCACACUGGAGAGAAACCAUAUUGCUGCCUUGAAUGUGACAAACGGUUCUCUACAAGCAGCCAUCUUCAGAGGCACUCUAGAAUUCACACUAGAAACCAUAUUACUGCCUUGAAUGUGGUAAAUAAUGCCCCACAAGUAGCCAUCUUUGGAGGCACACAAGAAUUCACAGUGGAGAGAACAAACCCUCUUUGUUCUGAUAAAAGUGUCAACUUCCGUGCAUUGCCAGCUAACAACUGUGCAGUUCCUCCAUGAAAAAGGACUGACCACAUUUGUCAAAUUUCCUGGGAGUCUCCAGAAUAUACCUCGUCUUAUCAACACUAUUGUCAUGUCUCUAAAUAAACACACUAAGCAGCAUCCUCCACAACCUUGGACAUGAAUUCAAUCAACAUCAGCACUCAAAAGCAACCUCACCUUUAAAUAAUCACUUGCAUGAUAUUAGUAGAUGGCCUUGUCACUGGCACCUAAAAGAGCAGUUACAUUUUGUAAAUGAGUUUUAAAUGACUUUCUAGCUGAACAACUGGCAUUUAUGGAAAUCAACACCCAGUGAAAAUACCAAACUCCUAUUGUGUCAUCAGAGAUUUGAACUUGGAGAUAAAUGAAAGUGCAGACAUAAACCAUAAGGCAGAUAAGCAAAAAGUCGUCAAAGAUGACGUCUACAAAAUAAAGAAGAUCAUUAGGCGUUCCUUACCAGCACGUAACAAACUUCAAGCCAUAAACUAAUUAGCCAUUCUUGCCCUAACCUGCAGCUAUGGAAUCAGAGACUGGUGGUGACAACGUGAUUUUCAUAAACUGGAUACACACAUCAGCUAAUACACAAGAACCCUAAAAACCUACAUCCUGAGAUCUAAAGGACGUGUGGGCCUGAUUGAAAUAAGAUUACAUACUGGGUGUAGGUCAGCAGUAUUUGGAUUUCUGGGUUUCCUGCUGGAUUCCAAAAACCAACAUGUUCGGAAUGUGUUCAACCAUGGAACAAAUAAAAUGAAGAUAAAAAAUCCGAAGUUUAGUCAACUAUGUGCAAUUCCCUUGCCAUGUGCGCAGAUAGAAACAGGCCAACUCACCAGACCGGACCAAUAGAAAUGUAAACACCUGACCAGCAAAAAAUAAGACCAAAAGUAUGGUGGGGAAGGUGCAGACCUUAUGGCCCAUCCCGUUUAGACUGAGACCUUAGCUAUGGAUGGCUUAUAAAGAGUGAACGAAGACCAAGCGUGGAAAGUUCUUUUUAUGGCUGAAAAGGAUAACAGCCUGCAUACCCAUUGCUUCAAGGCAUCAACAGAAAUCAGAUAACAAAACAGAUAAGUGACAGUUUUGCUUGUCAGCCCUUGAUGCUGCCAUCUCAAUCUGGUUUCCACUAUGUGAGGUCUUGGUGGCUGAAGGAUUUUACACCCAAAUAGAUGUGGCCAGAGUCCUUCACUGGAAGAUAUGCAAAAAACCUGCCAGCAUGUGUGAGAGACACUGAAAGCAACUCCAGACCACAUUAACAAAAACUACGGACACAUCAGUCUCAACAGAUGUCGAAAUUAACACCAGAACACUAGACAUACUUAUUAAAGACACCCACUGAGUAAGCCAGGUUUGAACCCGGAACACUACAGCUAUUAAGUAGCAGCGGUGGCCACUUUGCAACCGUCCGAUACUAACAUGAAAUUCAGUGAUGCGUUAGGGUGGGCCUUACUUUAUUCUUGAAGAUUCUUGUGUUUUUUUCAUUCCCCCUUUUGUGACUAUAAAAGUUUAAAGCAGCAUACACUAACAGUCAAAUGUUUUAGAACCCCUCAGUUUUUACAGAAGUGCACACAGUUUUAAUGUCUUAAUGUUUCAAGAGAUCACAGAACAAAUAGACAAUUGCAAAAAAAGUCAAGGAAUCAUUAAGUGUACAAAAUGUUAUCCAAAUUUUUAAUUCAUCAGAGUAGCCACCUUUUGCUGCUAGAACAGCCAAACACACACGUGGCAUUCUUUCUAUAAGGGUAAUCAAAUAUUGGUGAGAAAGAUCUUCCCACCACUUUUGCAGAAUUUCCCACAAAUGUGUUGCACUUGUAGGUUGUUCUCCUUUCACCCUUCUGUUCAGUUCCUCCCAAACUUAACAUAAUGGAGACUGUGCUGGCCUCUCCAUGUUUUGAAGUGUACUUUCUUGUUCUUCUCUUUUAACGUAUUUUUGACAUAGCUUGGAGUAUUGUUUUGGGUCAUUGUCUUGCUAUAGGAUGAACCCCUGACCUACUAGACACAGACCAGAAGGAACUGUGUGGUGCUGCAAAAUGCUGUGGUAGCCCUUUUGAUUCAGAAUGCCAGUCACUCAGUGCAAGUCACCAACUCUGACUCCAGCAAAAGAACACCAUACCAUCACAUUUCCUCCAUGUUUGACAGUUGGUGUCACACACUGAGGAACCAUCACCAAGUCGAUGAUGAACUGAAAAUAUCAAAUUUGGAUUCAUCAGUCCAUAGGACUGCAUUAGUCCACAACCAGUAUUUCAAGGCCCUGUUUUGUCCUUUAAAGAAUUCUUCUUGCCACUCGUCCUGUCAAAGUCUCCUCUUCCCAGUACAAACUAAGACUUGCCUUUGACCUCUGUUAAGCUGUGCUUGAAGCUGUUGUGCUGUGAGGUGCCCAUCACACCAGCUGCUGACCCUCAGAAACUUGUCUUCUGAUUGGGUUGUGACUUUGGCUCUGCCAGAUCUCUUGCUAUCAGAGUUUCUAUUUCAGAGAUUAUGUAGGACACCAUUAUACCCACUAACAGUGAGUUUUGUUUCGUUUUUUUUGCAAUUUCUCUAAAUGAAAGGCCUACACUUCUAAAUGUAAUAAUGCUCGGCCUCAUUUCCUCCGUUAACUGCCAUUUUUUCUUGCCAUUAUCACUAGAAUGUACAACUUUCUACAGUGUGAUAUUGCCCAAGUAGUAUUUCAGAGGGUCUGUCCCAACUCUGGUUUAAGACAGACAGAGGGUUUUUAAGUAAUCAACAGAAGUUGGGACACCUGUGCAAAUUGCCUGCUUCGACUUGCAGGGCUUCAUUUACUGUCAUUGCUGCAGAACCAUCUGUAGGUUGUAACCUAUUAGAUGUUCCCUGAUGAAGGUCCAUUUGUGAUAUUCUGAAAUAUCCUUUUUUUCAGAUUUUGCUAACCUAAAUGUUAAAUAUAAACCUCUGGCUGUUUACUGCUUACCUUUUCACCAUUUUAGGUCAUUCAUUGCAUUUCACCCGAUUACAUUUGAAGAUAAACUGAGGUGUUCUAAAACUUUUGACUGGUCACGUCUAUUAGUGGGACCGAAGCUAAUCAAUUAUUUUGAAAGCUUGGAAAAAAACAAAAACGGCUAACUAAGUGUCUUCAGCCAAAUGAGGUUUUGAAGCCGGUUUAGAGCAGCAACACCAUUAAAAGGGAGACAAAUAGUUCAUCCACUGAAAGUAAACAGAGACAAUUAACAUUAGUUAGCGGAUGUACAAGAAGGGGGCCGUUACAAUUAAUAUGUUUAUGUAAUUCUUCCUGUGUCUCCUUGGGAUUAUUAGUAAAUGUCAAAGGGCAUUCCUAGUGGUUUGACUUCCAAGGAAUUUAAAUCCAACAUUUGUUUUUUGUUUCAGGUGAGGAUCAAUAAAUGAUCUGUUUCUGAUG